AUGGCUGUGCUUUUACAUCUGCUUCUUCUUUCCGCUGUCAAAAGCGCAGUUGGAGCGGCUGGAGCAAUCUCUGCAAAAGAUGUGAUUGAUAGGAGCAAACCAGAAAGGGAGACUGUUCUUACCUCCGCUGAUUUCCAGAGAUUCUCUUCACUGAAUGAUAUCACUAAGAUAGGAAUCAAAGUGAAGGACGAUCCAACAAUGGGUAACAAAAUGGAAGGAGAUAUUGCUAUAGAAGAUUUGAAGAAGUUUGUUGAAGAUAGUAACAAGUUGGGCAGAAACGCAAUUCGACAAGCUUACAGACGAUGGCCAAAUGGGGAGAUUCCUUACACAUUGUCAUCGCAGUAUGGCUCAUACUCGAGAUCAGUGAUAGCAAAAGCUAUGCAGGAAUACCACGAUAAGACAUGCGUACGUUUUGUUCCACGUGAUCCUAUCAAACAUGUUGAUUAUAUUUAUAUUCAUCCUGAUGAUGGAUGUUACAGUUUGGUUGGCAAAACGGGUGGGCGACAACCACUUUCCUUAGACUCCGGAUGUAUUCAAGUGGGUACCAUUGUUCAUGAGCUCAUGCAUGCAGUUGGCUUUUUCCAUGAACAAAGCAGGCAAGAUCGAGAUGAUUACAUCGAAAUUGUAUGGCGAAAUGUACAGAAUGGAGCUGAUGACCAGUUUGAAAAGUACAACUUGAAUGUGAUCGAUCAUCUCAACGAGCCAUAUGAUUAUUCAUCAAUUAUGCAUUAUGGACCGUAUGCAUUUAGCGGAUCAGGAAAGAAGACUAUAGUUCCACGAAAAGUAGGUUCUUCUAUUUGUUGUGGGGACCUGAUUACCAAAUUUAACCGUGUUCUCUUUUUCAGAAUGGUGCGGAGCGAAUGGGUCAAAGAAUUGCUUUCUCUGAAGGUGAUGUGA